AUGGUAGAGUCAAAUGCUUUUGAAGAGGAGGUUCUGCAGUAUAUGCAGGUCGGGUUGAGAUAUCUGGUACUCUUCACCAGUCAGGGAAUAUCAAUUUCCAUGGCUUUUUGCAAGGAACACCCUAUAUUGGCCAAGUGGAUGCUGAUCACAUUGAUCUUGUUCAUCGUUUAUCGUUUCAUUUGCUACAUUUUUGUCCUGAUCAAAAGAUUUUCGUUGCUUGUUCUGCUGUUGCUCAGCGUUGUUGUCUACCAACGUGGACCUGCUCUAGUGUGGAAUGAGGAUAUCCCCAUGAUUUGCUCCAUCCUCGCCACCAAUCGAAGUCCCAAAACAGCCUGGUCUAAUUUGCUGGUGUACGCAGAUCAGCAUUCUUCGCACCUGAAGCUUCUCAUGUAUCAACUAGUGUCUGGAGGUAACGUUCAAUCCAUCGAAGAAACUCUUCAACGAUUCUGGAACGGUGGUGUUGCUGCAGCUGCAAGUUAA